AUGACUUUUGAUGGCAAGAUGACGCCUGUGAACGAGCAGCCUGAUGAGAAGCCAUGUCACAAGAAGGCUAAAGGUUUGCAUUUUCUCUCCUCCCCAUGGUGGUGCCCUGCUGCGAUGACUCUGGUCAUCCUUUGCCUAGGGUUAUCAGUGACCAUUAUUAUACAACGGAUGCAAUUACUCCAGGUAUCCAACCUCCUCAAGCAAUGCCAAGCAAACCUUACUCACCAGGAACAUAUCCUGGAGGGUCAGAUCUUAGCCCAGCAGCAGGCAGCAAACACUUCACAGAAGAAACUCAAGGAAAUGAUAGACACCCUCACCUGGGAGCUGAAGGAGAAAUCCAAAGAGCAGGAGGAACUUCUGCAACAGAACCUGGACCUCCAAAACACCCUGCAGAGAGCUGAAAACUUUACAGGUCCGUGUCCACAAGACUGGUUAUGGCAUAAAGAAAACUGUUAUCUGUUCUCUUCUGAGCAGUCUUAUUGGGCAAAGAGUCAAGAAUUCUGCCUGUCUUUGGAUGCUCAGUUGCUACACAUUAAUAGCAUAGACGAUCUGAAUUUCAUCUCACAAACAACUUCCCAUUCCACCUCGCCAUUCUGGAUGGGAUUGCAUCGGAAGAAACAAAAUGACCCGUGGUUGUGGGAGAAUGGCUCUCCUUUGCGUCCUCACUUAUUUAAGAUCAGGGGUAUUCCUCCCCAGACGCAUCCAUCAGGCACCUGUGUGUACAUUCAAGAGGGUGCUGUUUUUGCUGACAACUGCAUUUUAACUGCAUUCAGCAUAUGUCAGAAGCGGGCAAAGCUAUUGUUAAUGCAGUGA